AUGGGAAGGAGUCCGUGUUGCUCCAAGGAAGGACUCAACAGAGGAGCCUGGACUGCCUUGGAAGAUAAAAUUUUAUCAUCUUACAUCAAAGCUCAUGGAGAAGGAAAAUGGAGAAGCCUCCCUAAAAGAGCUGGUCUGAAGAGAUGUGGUAAAAGUUGUAGACUUAGAUGGUUAAACUAUCUGAGACCAGACAUAAAGAGAGGCAACAUUUCAGGUGAUGAAGAAGAACUCAUUGUCAGGCUCCAUAACCUUCUUGGUAACAGAUGGUCCUUAAUAGCCGGAAGGCUACCGGGGCGAACAGACAAUGAAAUCAAGAAUUACUGGAAUACAACUUUGGGGAAGAAAUCGAAAGUCGAUUCGUUUUCUGGAUCCUCGAAAGAAACUUCUCUAAAUCCAUGCAAAUCCAUAGCGAAAAAGAAAGAUGUCGAGUCCAAAACAUCAACUGCCGCUGCUCAACCUCUAGUAAUAAGAACCAAGGCCACUAGGUUGACCAAAAUUUUAGUCCCACAAAAUAUUCCUAGUGACGAAAAUUAUACAGCAGCUGCCGCAAACCCAUUAGAGCUUCAGACCCAAUCGGCGGAAAAAGGCGGAAGCACCGAAGAGUUUCCGAGGACUAAUGCAGGUGACUGCAGCAACAUCUUGAAGAACUUUGGCUGCGAUGAUGACGACAUUGAUGCGAAGGGAGAUCAAUACUGCAACGAGUUUCAGUUGCUCAACUCUAUACCGUUGGAUGAGGCAAUGAUAAAUGACGGCUGCUGGACGGGAGGAAACGGUUGCGAUCUGGAGGACUACGGUGCCUCGUUGGAUUUAGAUUCUUUGGCAUUCUUGCUUGACUCUGAGGAAUGGCCUUCCCAAGAAAAUGUUGUAGUCUAA